AUGGCAACCCCCAACCACACUAGUCCCAGCCAUUCACUCUUCAUUCUGCUGGGGAUCCCUGGCCUGGAAGACCAGCACACAUGGAUCUCCCUCCCGUUUUUUCUUUCCUACCUUGUUGCUGUCCUAGGGAAUAUCCUUCUUGUCUUCAUCAUCAUGACUGAACGCAGCCUCCAUGAGCCCAUGUACUUCUUCCUCUGCAUGCUGGGUGUGGCGGACCUCAUCCUGUCCACUACCACUGUGCCCAAAGCCCUGGCCAUAUUCUGGUUCCAUGCUGGAGAGAUUUCCCUUGAUGGUUGUGUCACCCAAAUCUUCUUUAUCCAUGCCACCUUCAUUGCUGAAUCAGGAAUUCUGUUGGCCAUGGCAUUUGACCGCUAUGUAGCCAUCUGUGACCCAUUGCGCUAUACCACAGUGCUCAGUCAUGCAGUAAUCAUAAGGGUUGGUCUGGCUGUGGUCCUGAGGAGUUUCUCUGUGAUCCUUCCAGAUGUGUUCCUGGUGAAAAGACUGCCUUUCUGUCAUAGCAACGUGCUACCACAUACCUACUGUGAGCACAUGGCUGUUGCCAAAUUUGCUUGUGCUGAUAUUCGUGUCAAUGUCUGGUAUGGCUUGUCUGUCCUUCUCUCUACUGUAGUGGUAGAUGCCUUGCUCAUCUUAGUUUCCUACAUCUUCAUCCUUAAUGCAGUCUUCCGUCUUCCCUCCCGAGGAGCUCGGCAAAAGGCCCUAGGCACAUGUGGCUCCCACCUUGGUGUCAUUUCCAUGUUUUACUUGCCUGGCAUUUUUACCAUAAUUGCCCAGCGGUUUGGGCAUCAUGUUCCUCCUUAUAUCCACAUUCUGCUGGCAAAUGUCUGCAUGUUAGCUCCUCCUAUGUUAAACCCCAUCAUUUAUGGUGUUAAGACCAGGCAGAUUCGAGAAUGUGUGGUUAGUACUUUGUCUUCACAGUGGAAACUCUGCUGAGUUUGUAUGACAGGUGAUAUGAUUAUCAACAUAGGAUAUUGCAAUUCCUUUGCUUACUUUGUAGAGAUUUAUGAAGUAAGGGUUGUGUUGACUGUGAGCAAAAUUAUUUGUUGUGAUUUUGAAAGAUAGAA